UGGAAUGACGAGGUUCGGGGCCACUGAUUUGAGAAUAUUUUAGUUUCCCUCGUUCAUUCCAGCUCUGCGACAACCUCAACCAAACCCUUUCUGUGGAAUUGUUGUUGCUGAGGGUUGAGUGGCAUGUCGCAGAGCAUGGCGGGUUCAGUGAGCAAUGCGGUGGAAUUCGACCUCCCCGACGAGAUUCUCGCCGUCAUCCCAACCGACCCUUACCAGCAGCUCGAUCUGGCUCGUAAGAUAACCUCCAUGGCCAUCGCUUCCCGUGUCUCUGCUCUCGAAGCCGACACCUCUCGCCUCCGCAACAAGCUUCAAGAGAAGGACCGAAUCAUCCACGACCUCGAAGAACGCCUCUCCUCUCUCACUCGCGCUUGCCACCAAUCCGACUCCACCCUCAACAACGCCCUCAAUGAUAACAUAAAGCUUACGAAGGAGAGAGAUCAAUCGGCAGCAACAGUGAAGAAGUUAACUCGAGACCUUGCCAAGGUGAAUAUUUAUUUGAUUUUGUCGUUUGAACUUUUUUUCUGUAUGUAUAUCAUUUGUCAAUGCACUUCAGAAAUUUUUAACUGUUGCCGUUGUUUGUGCUAGAACUAUGUGCAGUUU